AGGUAAAAGUAUACAUCUUCGUAAUAAAGUAGGAAAGUUUAAACGUCGAAAUUCUCUUACGUGAUGCUUCAAAUUAGCAGGAAGCUAUGGAGAUUUGGAUAUACAAGACGGCUGAACUAAAAUAAAUGGUUUUUAAGAUUGCAAGUAGGCCCGUACAUGGAAUUACAUUUACAUAUUUAAUGAGAAGAAACACGUUUAGAAAACAAGUCUACCUCGUUGAACUCUCUUUACUUGUAAAUAUAUUAAAUUUAUCUUUGAAUAAAUCGCAAAAAACAUACUUUCCAACUAUUUAACAUUUAUUUUACGGUAAUUAAUGCGUAUUUAUUGUAACUAAAGAGUGAUAUAUAUAUAUUUUUCUGUUACAGAUGAGAGCUAUUUAGAAGUAUAAAGACCUGUCCACAUUCACCUUAUGUCUCUGUGGACAGGAGACAUCCAUGUGGGGACUGGCAUUCAACUGCCUACCUACAAGGUGACAAUGGAAACUGAAUCGGUCAGAUCCGGUCACAGCGAACAAUCGUCAAGAUCUCGAAGGAGCAGAGGUCAUAGCAGUCAUGGAGGAGGCUCUCAUCAUCACAGUCACAGAAACAGGAGUACCGGAUCCGGAAAGCACUCUCUCAGGUCUAACCGAUCCGGAAACAAGGAGGAGAGUGGAGAAGAAAGAACGGAAACUGGAGAAGUUAUCGAAGUGCAAAUACUAUCGCAGGACGAUAACUGGGGUGAUAAUACUACCGCCAUUACCGGAAACACCAGCGAAAGAUCGGCUUCGGUGGAUGACAUAUCCAAAUUCGGACGCGAUUUCGAACAAGGUUUGGCAUUUCGGUGCCAAAUGUGGAUGGGGACAAUCAUAGCGGCUCUACUAUCAUUCUGUGCCUUCAUAUCACCCAUAGUUAUGGUAGUGCUACCAAGGAUAGAGAUGUUCGAUUGGAAGAUCGAUCAAUGUGGUCCCGAAUGUGAUGGUUUGCUCAUAAGUUUCUCUUUUAAACUUUUAAUACUCUUAGUCGGUUGUUGGGCAGUGUUUUUCAGGAAACCAAAAGCUACCAUGCCCAGAAUAUUUAUUUUUCGAGCUAUAAUUAUGGCUUUGGUGUUCGUUUUUACCUUCUCGUAUUGGCUCUUCUACGGAGUGCGCUUCCUCGAGAAGAGAACGAAUAGCAGCGGUACUUCUUAUCAGAGUAUCGUGUUGUUUGCCGUAUCGUUGGUGGACGCUCUGCUCUUCAUACAUUACUUAGCCGUGAUUCUUAUGGAAAUUAGACAAUUGCAACCCCAUUAUUUUGUCAAAGUGGUACGAUCGCCCGAUGGCGAGAGCCAUUGCUAUAACAUGGGACAGCUCAGCAUACAAAGAGCUGCCGUAUGGAUUUUAGAACGAUACUACCAAGAUUUUAGUAUUUAUAAUCCGUAUUUAGAAACCAUUCCCACCAAAACAAGAAAGUCUACUUCAGGCUUCAAAGUCUACGAAGUAGAUGGAAUAGGGAACAAUACAAUCAAUGGACAAACAAGAGCUGUUUUGGCAGCUAAUGCCAGAAGGAGAGACACUAGUCACAACGAAAGGUUCUAUGAAGAACACGAAUACGAAAGACGUGUUAAGAAAAGAAGAGCAAGAUUGAUUACUGCUGCUGAAGAAGCUUUCACACACAUCAAGCGGUUACAAGACGAACAAGGUGAGUAAAUUCUACUAUUUUUAUACCUCCAAAACUCCAAAAAAUUAAUCAAUAAACAAGUUUUUCACAAAAAUCUCUUCCAACAUAUUCAUUGAGUUAAUCGUAUUAAGAAGCCAGCAAAUUAAUCUUUGACCUCGCCUCUAAUUAAUUAUCCUCAGAAUAAAUAUGAAUCAAAAACAUAAGUAAAGAAAUUCAUUAUUAAUAAGGAUUAAAUCAUCUCUUUUAAAUGCAAAUCUCGUUAAUAUGAUUGCUUUAUCAGCAAAAUUUCUAUCUUUCUGCAAAAGAAAACGAGAUCAAAUAUUGUUUCAAGUGAAAAUUUCUAUCCUUUUUUUCUAACCUCCAAAAAUAUAAAGUACUCUUCGGUGCCUAUCGACAGGAAACUGCUUCACUUAAGCUUUACAAAUCUUUAUUUUAUUGCUAGUUCGACGGUUAAAGGAAAUGCUUGGCUUGGAAUUUUCCCUUUUUUACUACUCUACUUUUCAGAUAAGCUCUUUUAUAUAUAUAAACUUAUAUUUCGAUAGUUUCGUCAAAAAUUUUCGAUAACUUAAUUCUAAAAAAAAGAAAGAAAGUUUUAUUUAUUUUAAAAUAUAUUGGAAAGAGUUGAGAUUCCAGCAAUAAAAUCGAUAAAUUCUCAUCAAAUUUUGACAAUAACAUGAUCAGUAAGUGACAAAACAUGUGCAAGAAAGUUUGAAAUCUAUAAAACAUGUUUAUAUCUCGUAAAUAUAGUAUCUUUGGAUGUAAUGGUAGUUUACUACUAGCCAGAAACAUCACGUAAAAAAAUAAGAGAAGUGGACUGGCGACAGGUAAAAAAUGAUACCAUUAUACAACAGAAUGUGGAUAAAGUAGAUUUGUGGCAUAAUUUAUUAUUUUGGGAGCGGGAGAGGUUAUUUAAUUCCCAAUAACAACUUUUCGAAGAAUGUAUUCAGUCGUAAAGUCUUUAUAUUUAAUGUUUCAUCGAAAUUUAUCACUAUUGUUUGCCACAAAUGAAAAUUAACAAGGUUGUUAAUUUGCUACACUUGUUCAAUCGACGACCUCCUCAAGAGAAGAAUUCUAAUUAAGAAAUCUUCCAGAUAAACAUGUUUAAAUUCUAAACACGAUCGUACUGAUUGAUGUUACAACUUUAUACUAAAUUCUAACUU